GACCACUAGUUUUGUAAAUGUGAGGAAAUCCCUUGAUUGACAGCAACUUAGCAGAUAACUUUGGAAUUAGCGCUUAGGUAGAAAUGUGGAUUUUGUACUGAUUUGACCUUGAGUUUACUAUUUACUGUUUCUGGUUUCUAAAAAUCAUCAGAAUAUUGAGUUUUACACAAUAUAACAAGGUUCUCCCGAGCUGGAUUUUAUCUAGUAUACACAUGAUUGUUCCUUAGAACAAGGAACCAAAAGCAUUAGGGCCUGAAUGAAUUUAUUCAUUCAUGGUCAGAUGAAUGUAUUUAUGUGGCAGAAGAGUACAAUAAAUAGAAUCUCAGGAAAAUUAAGUGGGGAAGGUACUAUUCUAGAAUCUCAGUGAUAGAUUCAGCUGUUGUUUUUCUUCUGAAAGUUUUUCAGUUUAAAAUCCAAGAAAAUCAAAACCAGAAAUUCCUUAUCUAGAAAAACGGGGGGGGGAGGGGGGGAGCGAGCCCUCAGCGAUUUAAUGCCAUAUAAGAGUCACUUUUACAUUUCAAGGAAAAUUAUGUGACUUUUGGGACCUUAGGGUUCUUUUAUAAUAGUCAAUUCGGCAACAUUUCUAUAGUCCCCAAGGAUUGGAUGAGCCUAGGCACAGGCUGGAGGAGGUUAGACAACUGGUAGUGAAAUAGAUAGUGAGCUGAGCCUAGAGUCAGGAUGACCCGAGUUCACAUCCUGUCUCAGACACUAGCUGUGUGACCUGGGCAAGUUAUUUCACAGCUGUUUGCCUCAGUUUCCUCAUCUGCAGAACAAAUAUUAAUAGUACCUACCUCCCCAUGUUGUUGUGAGGAGCCAGUGAGAUAAAAGUUCAAAGCACUUUGCAAAUUUUAAACAUAAAUGCUCCGUUAGUCCUUUCAGUGUUUCACAGUAGGUAGGAAUUCAACAGUUAGAAUUUGAACCAGCUCUCCUUCAUGUGGUGUCAGAAUGUGAGUUGAAAGGGACCUCAGAGGCUGUCCAGUGCAGCCCAUGCAUGAACUAGUAUCUGUCCUCUAUAAGAUAGUUGACAGAUGACAAAAGUCAUCUCGCCUUUGCCUGAAAUGAAGGAGACUUGGAGAGAAGUAUGAACCUCACCCUCUCAGUGUAGCUCAUCCACCUCUGAAUGACUAUAACUGUUAGGAAGUUUUUUUAUUUUGAGCCUUAAUAUGCAACUAAUAGCUAUUUCCCCUAGUUCUGCGCCUCCCCGAGGUCAAACAGAAAUUCAUCCCUUUUUGUACACAGGCUUAAGGACCAUUACUGUGUCUCCCCAGAUCUCCAGGCUAAAUACGCCUGUUCCAUCUGUCCACAUAGAAAAUUAUUUUAAGGACUAGGGCACAGCCUGUUUGCCCUCCUCUGGACAGUGGCUUGUAAGAGUUAUUCCAAUAAAAACAGGGACAAAAUGUCUGGUCCAACUGGAAUACUUAUGCUGACGUUGUCCAAAACUAAUGCCGUAACACAUUCAGAUCAAAUUUUUCCUGGCCAUCAAAUCUUGAAUUAGAAAAGUAAAAGGACUAUUUUAUUUUCCCCAAAAGGUUCUACUAAAGCAGCCUCUGCUUUGUAGAGGUUGCAAGAUGCUUGGUUCCUUGACUGAAAUUUGCAAAAGAUGCUGCUUGGUGGAAGACUUUUUACCUGAUUAAGUAGGGAGCGUCUUUGAUGAUCAUGUGAUAAUUCAGAUUGAUGUAGCACGUUAGAGUUGGUAGGGUGCUUUCUACAGCACAACCAGGAGGUGUAGGCCCUUGGAACUUGUAUGUCCUGAUACUGAGUUCAACUGCACUGCCUCUGAUACUGAUGUGAAUUAAAAAGGAGGAAAAAAACUCCCAUCCUCCGCACACACCCAUUCCUACUGUAGAAUAUGUUGUAAAGAAUGAAAGUUUGGUCUCGUCAAGCUAAAACAUGAGAAAUGCCUAAAGAACUUGAUCAUUCGGACUUUGGUAUCUUAACUCUGUUGGAAGACCACAGGCACAUCUUGCAAGUAAUAGGCUUAAAUGUGCCCUGCCUAUUUUUAAAGGAGGAUUGGGUGGUGGAAAAGAAAUGGUAUUCAUUGUAGCUCUUUUUAGAAAAUUACCAAGGAAGUGGUAAUGUAGAAAUGAGGCCAGGGCCCUUUCUGCUUUGUAGGUGAGCUUCAAGUCUGAAAUUGUAAGCCAUGGUGACCUUGUUAUCUCAAAUGAAACAACUCAAACCAUCGAAACGCGUUACCCUCUCAUCAGCAUGGGAUAACUAUCUGAUGAUCAGUGUGAUCUCUUUUAAACACAUGAGGGAAACUAGUGCUAAUUGGGAUUUGGUAGUGAAUCUGCCUGGGACUUAAUAGCCCAAUAGCCACCUGGAAGCCAGAACCCAUUCCAUCAUCUGUUGCUGUUGUAUUGGAUGCUCCUGCUUUCCCGUUUGGAUUUAGCAUCCCCUCCUCUCCCAGAGGCCUGGUGUGUUUUCUCCUACUGUCUAGAGUGGCCCCAUUUAUCCAAUUCAGCCUUCAGAAUCUUCUUUGUUUGGUUCCUGAAUUGUUAGUAUGACAACAUUCUGUCCUGGCUGUAGGUGCCCCCAGAGAGCACCUGUGAAAGCCUCAGCACGCCCUGUUCUCCAAGAUUUUGUUGUUGGCUCAGAUCAUGAGUCUGAAGAGACUGGUGUGUGGCAUCAACUUAAGGGACCUCAAGAAGGUGGUAACAGCCCUGAGCAAAGCAGGCACACAUUUCAACCAAAAUGAAAUGGAAUGUCUUGUGAAACUUUUUUACUCAUUUAAGGAAAAGGGAAAUGACCAAGGUAUCCAAGAAGGCCUGGAUCGCGUUGAGUUUAGAAACAUCCUGCAUAAUGUAUUUGGAAUGACCGAUGACAUGCUUAUGAACAGGGUAUUUGGUGCUUUUGACAAAGACAGUGAUAAUCACAUUAGUACAACUGAAUGGGUCGAAGGAUUAUCCAUAUUUCUCCGAGGAACUUUUGAAGAAAGAGUGAAAUACUGUUACCGAGUUUAUUACUUGAAUGGGGAUGGAUACAUUUCCCAAGAUGAAAUGUUUGACAUGCUGAAGAACAGUCUCCUAAAACAUUCAGCUGAAGAAGAUCCAGAAGAAGGAAUAAAAGAGUUAGUAGAAAUAACACUGAAGAAAAUGGAUUGUGAUAAUGAUGGGAAGCUGUCUUAUGAAGACUUUGAACGAGCUGUAAAAAAAGACCGGCUUUUGUUGGAGGUCUUUGGCCCAUGUUUACCAAAAAUUGAGAAGUGUCUUGAAUUUGAAACUCUGGUAUUCAAAGACAUAAACAAUGAAUUUCAACUGUAAACAGCUGAAGCCUGGGCAAACACAAAUCAAAAUUGUAUCCUGACUGCUUUAAACAGUAUAUUAUUAAUCAUACUAGGCAUUUAUAUACAUGAGUAGUUUGUUAUUUUAAGCCAGAGAAGCAUAAUAAAUGUGAAAAU